AUGAAUAAACGUCAUUUAAAAAAAACGCUGCCUCGCGAUAAAGUGGACAUGUCACUCGAUGACAUCAUCCGCUUGAACAAGAAAGAGCAACAUUCAAAACCGAAACGACCCAAGGCAAAUCAACAAACCCUCCGCCGGCAAACGACGCCCUCAGCAACUCAAGGAAACAUGAAAACUUGGUCCAGAAACACAAAAAACGGCGUGUUCCGAGGAGGGGGAGCGACUAAAUUAAGAACGCGGCGAGGGCAGGGCGUCGUCAGCGGUCUGGCGUCCCGGAAGAACCUGGUCAGACGACCUGCUCAGCCAAGCAAGCCGAAGCUCCAACCGUUCCUUCGGCGCCCUCAUCUGGCCGGCUUCGCUUUGUACAGAAACGCUCAAGUCCCAAGGACGGAAACUCCAGUCAACAGCCCGUUUCAACUGCGACGACGACGUCUCCCUCCCGCGCAUCAGACGGACGUACGCCAAGCCACGUUUCUUCAUCACAGAGGACUUAAGGUGCAAGCUCUGGUGCGUAAAGCAAAUCCUCACACGCUUCCCGUCAGAACUCGUCCAUGGCGCACAUCAACAAAUAACACGGGACUCCUUACGAUCUCCAUAGACAACCCUACUGCCAUGACUCAGCCUGAACCUCCUUCGGCUUGGACUCUGCACCCCCCGACGCAACCCGACGUGACCCGGGUGGAAACGGCGGCGGUGAAGACUGACCCGAAAGGUGUCCCCCUCCAAUUUGACAUCAACAGUGUUGGAAAACCACAAACGUCGAUGAGCUUGAACGAGAGAUUCCGCAUCCUGAAAGCCCGACGUGCGCAGAUCAGUAAAGGCAUUCGAUUCGUGGUGGUGGACUGA